AAUGUUAGCUGCCUGUGGUUUAUUUCCGGAUGUUGGAAUUAAAAUUCUCACUGAUAUGUCUCUCAUAUCAAUUAAAGACAACUGCAUAUGGAUGCACGAUGUGAUCCAAGAAAUUUGGGAGAUAGUCCGGGAAGAAUGUACUGAAGAGCCAGGAAAACGCAGUAGGUUUCACAAUGGUGAGGACGUCUGUCAUGUAUUGAAAAGGAAUAUGGGAACUGCCAAAGUACAAAGCAUUUCCAGCAGGAAUUGUGUUAACACAGUAAUGUUGGAUCCUCAAGCUUUCACAGGGAUGCAUAACUUAAGAUUCCUUAUGCUUAGAUUUAUACAUCUUGAUGACAAGGCAAAUCUAGAGUAUCUGCCUGAUGCCCUUCAAUAUCUUUUUUGGCAUAGUUACCCUUUGAAAUCUUUUCCAUCAAAGUUUUCUCCAAACAAUCUUGUUGAGCUUCAUAUGCCCUGGAGCAAACUCAAGAGACUUUGGAAUAAAGGCCAGAAUCCUGAUAAGUUGAAAAGGAUCGAUCUUAGUUUCUCCAUUUUCCUUGCCAAUGUUGGAGAGCUGUCAAAUAGUGAAACGUUGAGAGUAUAAAUCUUCAAGGCUGUAGUAGUUUGGUUCAAGUUCCGGAUUUGUCAAAGUGUGUGUACAUUAAGAGUAUAAAUCUCCUAGGCUGUGCAAGUUUGGUUCAAGUUCCAGACCUGUCAAAGAGUGUAAACAUUGAGAGUAUAAAUCUUCAAAGCUGCGCACAUUUGGUUCAAGUUCCUUCAUACUUUCAAAAGUUUACCAAGCUUACUUAUCUGAAUUUGGGAUGUUGCUCGAAGAUUAGUGUUCUACCAAAGUUACCAAGCAAGAUGGAGUUCUUAGAUUUAAGUGAAACUGCAGUAGAAGAAUUGCCUCCAUCAAUUUUUUCUCUUGAAAAACUUCUUAAAUUGAAUCUUCAUGGAUGCAGCUCCAUUAAAUAUCUUUCGAGCAGUCCAUGGAAGAUGAAAUCCCUGAAUUAUCUUUCUUUGAGCGAGACAUAUAGAAACGGUGCCCUUGUCAUCGUUCAAGUGUAUGACUGGGGUCAUUUCAGUUGACCUGAGUGAUUGUCAUUGCCUUGUCAGUCUCCCAACCGACAUUUGUGAGUUGAAAUCUCUUCAGAGACUUGAUCUCUCUCGUUGCCGUCGUUUCACAAAAUUUCCGGAAAUUGCAGAGCCUAUGGAACAUCUGCAGUAUCUUAAUUUAAGAGAGACGAAAAUUGAAGAGCUGCCGUCAUCGGUUGGGAAUCUUGUUGGGCUUAAGACAUUAGAUUUAUCUCACUGCACAAGCCUUGAAUUACUCCCAAACAGCUUCUACAAUUUAAACCUUCUGGAGUGGUUCUCACUUGAACGCUGUUACAAGCUAAACAAAUUGCCUCUCUCGUUCAUUUUGUGCUCUUUGGUAAAUCUAAACCUCGGAAGCUGCAAAUUGUUAGAAGAAAUUCCCGAUUGCUUUACUAGCUUUCCCGCACUGCAAGUGUUAGAUCUAAGUCAUACCAUGAUUGAGACCAUACCUCCCAGCAUCAAACAAGUUUCAAGGCUCAAGCAUCUGUUCCAAGAUGGUUGCGAGUGGCUUCAAUCUUUGCCAGUGCUCCCAUGUCUUCUGAAAAAGUUGGGUGCAAGUAAGUGUACGAGACUUAAGACUGUGUCGGUUUCAGUGACUGCACAGACAGAAGGUUUGGAUCAAAUAGUUUCUGAGAAAAAGAGGACCGAGAGACAUACAUAUUAUGGUUGCGAUAGUUUGUAUAAAAAUGCAAGGAGCAACAUAAUGGAUGAUGCACACUUCAGAAUUAUGCAAAUGGCAACUGCUUGUAAUCUUAAACGUUUAUCAUCUGGUAAAGUAGAGUUAAUGUGUCCGGGACUAAAUGAAAUUCCGAAAUGGUUUAGCUGUCAAAUGGAGGGAUAUUCAAUGAAUAUUAAGCUUCCUCUGCAUUGGUCUGAUGAUUCAAACUUCUUGGGUAUUGCUCUCUGCUCUGUUUCUGCAAUCCAUGAAGAUCUCCAUCAUCCUGAGUAUCAAUGUGAGAUGAUUCUCAAAACCAACAAUGGUGAAACCCAUAGUGUCAAUUUGGGAAGUAGCGAGCGCUUCGGGACUAUGGACCUUAAGGGUGAAACAGAUCACGUGUUUGUGUGGUAUAAUAAAGUCCAUGAAAUUUCAGAUGAAGCAAAAUGGUCUUUGGAAGCCUCUUUUGACUUCUAUAUAGAACAGAAUCGUGAACGGUCAAAUAACGUGAAAAGGUGUGGGGUCUGCUUUCUGUAUGCCCAAGGCCAAGAUGAUGAUGCUCCGAAAUUUGAAGUCAUUCGUCCACAACAACUUACUACAACUAGGAGACGCCGCGGCCGCUUUGAGGAUGAUGCUAGUGGAAGUCAACUGUUUUGUCACUGCUUUGAGGAUGAUGCUGGAAGUGAAACUUAUGGUGAGUAUGAUAGUGUCAAUAUUCAAACAGUUCCCUCAUCAUCAUUCAUGUGUAUGACUAGGAUCAUUUCACUUGACCUGAGUAAUUGUGAUCGCCUUCUCAGUCUCCCAACCGACAUUUGUAAGUUGAAAUCUCUCGAGAGACUUAAUCUCUCUAGUUGCUGUAGAUUCACAAAAUUUCCGGAAAUUGUGGAGCGUACAGAACAUCUGCAGUAUCUUAAUUUAAGUCAGAUGAACAUUAAAAAGCUACCCUCAUCGAUUGGGAAUCUUGUUGGGCUUAAGAUAUUAAUUUUAACUUCCUGCAAAAGCCUUGAAUUACUCCCAGAUAGCUUCUACAAUUUAAAUCUUCUCAAGUGGUUCUCACUUGAGGGCUGUGUCAAGCUAGAAAAAUUGCCCGUCUCCUUCAUUUUGUGCUGUUUGAUAAAUCUGAGCCUCAGAGGCUGCAUAUUGUUAGAAGAAAUUCCCGAUUGCUUCAAUAGCUUUCCCACAUUGCAAGUCUUGGAUCUCAGUGAAACCAUGAUUGAGACCAUACCUCCCAGCAUCAAACAAGUUUUUGGGCUCAAGUCUCUGCUACUAGAUCAGUGCAAGCGGCUUCAAUCUUUGCCAGUGCUCCCAUGUCUUCUAGAAGAGUUUGAUGCAAGAGAGUGCUGGAGACUUAAGACAGUGCCAGUUUCAGUGACUGCACAGACACAAGGUCUAGAUCAAGUACUGUCUGGGAAGAGGUACGAGAUCCAUUCAUUUGUUGGUUGCGUUAAUUUGGAUAACAAUUCAAGGAGUAACAUAAUGGAUGAUGCACACAUCAGAAUUAUGUGAAUAGCAACUGCUUGUAAUCUUAAACGUUUAUCAUUUGGUAAAGUAGAGGUAAUGUGUCCGGGAAAUGAAAUUCCAAAAUGGUUUAGCUGUCAAACGGAGGGACCUUCAAUGAAUAUUAAGCUUCCUAUGCAUUGGUCUGAAUGUCUGAUGAUUCAAACUUCUUGGGUAUUGCUCUCUGCAUGCUCUGUUGCUGCAAUCCAUGAAGAUCUCCAUCAUCCCAAGUAUCAAUGUGAGAUGAUUCUCAAAACCAACAAUGGUGAAACCCAUAGUGUCAAUUUGGGAAGUAAAGCGCGCUUCAGAACUAUGGAGUCAUUUGAGCAUGUAUCAAAUAAACAUAGAUUUUUUUUUUUUUGUUAAGGGUAAAUGGAAAAUCUCUCCACAGUAUAAGAUAAAGAAUUAAACUCAAAAAAAAAUAAAAAAUAGAUGAAAA